ACCUUCCGGUGGCGGGCCCUCGGUGCCGAGAGAGAGAGAAACGAAAACAUCCGACGACCGCCCUGUCAGCUCGGGACUGAAGAUCCAAAUCGCCGAGUGCCCAAACCCUUUUUGCCAUUUCGUCGUGCUCGGCAACACGGAAAUUCCACCAGAGCAGAAAAGACAUCGCAAGAACAACGAUGGUCAACCCUAUCUGUUACCCUACUGACGGAGGACGAUAUAACCGUCUUGGCCCGCGAUUUCCUGGGCCUUUCACCGAACGCCAGCGAUAUCACCUUUCGUCAGAAGAGACACGGCCUUCCAAUAUGAAGGCCAUGGGUGAACGAGAGCCCGAAGCAGAGUCGACACCGCCACGGAAGCGUAUCGCCCUUGCUUGUGCCCGUUGCCGAAAACGUAAGAUUCGGUGUAGCGGUGAUCCGGGAAACGGACUACCGUGUCAAAACUGUAAAAGUGCCGGAGCCGAGCCAUGCCAGUUCUUGAGAGUUAAUGCUACGGAGACGGCGAUCUUCCAGAACUUCGGAUACGACAUGGACUCGGCCAGAGUCUUCCAGGCGAGAGGCAGCAUUGCUUCCCCCUUCUCUCCACACUACCCUCCAGAAAUGACCGACAGCCUCUCCCGCUACCACCCGCCAUCGAGCGGUUACCAGUAUCCGUCCAGGUAUUACUCUGGUGUACCCAGCUGGCCACCUGCCUACGGCGAGGACGGCGUCGACUAUGCAAGCUUUGGCUACCCUCAUGCUUAUUACGGCAACGACCCGACCUACCUCUACAGGAUGGCAUCGAAUGCCAAGGCAGUAUCGGCGAACGGCAUGUAUACCGGCACAGAUCCAACUUAUAACUGUGUCCAUCGUCCACCUGUCAGUGCUGAGACGGCCAAUUUCUCGCUAUCUACUGUGGCAGCCUCCUUGCCUUCCACCAUUGCAACGAAUGAUAAGUUGCUCCCUACGCCGGUGAACCGGGCAGUGGCAUCUCACCGAGGAGACUACGGCUCCCCCAAGCCCUCCCCAGAGGAUUCGACGCAAGGCUCUCCCUCUACAGCAGUUACAGAGAUGCCUGGAAACUACACAGGGUACGACGGCCCAUCUGUCUCCACGUAUCAUUCUUCUUCUGGCAUCCCCUCCAGUCACCGGCUCUCCACGUCAACUUCAUGUGGAACCGAUGUCUACCCGAGUUCCUCUUCAGGGAGCUCCCUCUUUUCCGAAUCAGAAUCAGGCCUUCGGAACCAGAGUUCCAACAGCGAUCUCUCGUACAAGUACGCCGACUCGUCGAGGAGGGGCAGCGGCACCUCGACUCUUUCCAACGGCUAUCCCUACAUGAUUCCCCAACUUCCAAGCUCAUCGGCUCCCCUCCAUAGUCACCACCACGUCGAUCAUACCCACGGCGUCUCCGCUGCAGCUGCUUAUAUGAUGCCGGGCGGCGGUCCCACGAACACAGGGGCGACUGCCACGACGGCAGAGAUGUCUGGAGCUACGACAGGAAUCGGCGGCAGUGGCGGGCCCAGCGGUGUCACGGGCCAUGCGGACAUCCAGCGCCGGACUGCUGCAGGUAGCCUUCCCGCAGCGUAGGGCAGGCGGGGGAGCAACUUGGGCCCCUGGUUGGCGGGCCAUCCUAUGUCUGGCUUUCGUGCGAGAGUCCUCUCAACCUCGUUCCAGUUUCACCCUCUUGCCUCUGCGUUUAGCCCCCACGGAAGAACAACGAAAAAAUUGAAAAAUUGAAAAAGGGGGGGUGGGGGGCGAAAGCCAUGGCAGUUUCGGACGUCAGGGCUGCUGUCUUGUCCUUCAUUCUUGUGUCUUGGUUGUGUGUACUAUCGACGUUGCAGCUUCUGUCUCUUUUCC